GCAGCGCGGGCAGGACUGCGGGCGGCGGCGCGGGCAAGAGCGAGCAACGAGCGCCAUUGCAGCGCCUCGCCGUGGGGGUGCUUUUUUGUACUUUGUUUCAAUUUCAAAGUUUCUUUUCAACUCUAUAAGUUCACCGCAUCUCCAAAUGCAAUAUAUCCAACAAUCACUCUCAUCUCACUCACAAAAUGAAUCACGCCAAUAACUUCCCGUUCGAUCAAAACGUCAUUGAUGCGGUGCUCAGACAUGCCCACUUUUCUAGUUUUAACACUAAUAUACAGGGGGGCUGCUCAUAUACACGACGAGUUUGCCCCGCUCUCGGGGUCCAACGACAGUCCCUACCAACUGUCGGCCGUAAAUAUGGACGACUACGACAUUUCUAAAUUGGAGCCCAUCACCAAGGGCCAGAGCAAAGCGAAGGUAAAAAAGAAUGAUGGGCCAACAAAGUGUACCCCGGCGGAAAGUUUGGCAUUAGCGAAGUUCUACAUCGAUGUGUCAGAGGAUGCCAUCAUCGGGAACUACCAGAAACACCAAUUGUUUUGGGAGCGUGUUGUGGAGAAGUACAAUGCUGGGAGGCCCAAAGCUACGCCCGAACGUGACCGGGAGAUGCUUCGGAAACACUAGGGGGAUGUGCAUAGGAUACAUCAUUGAUGUCACAGAGUGAGCUAAAGAUGCAUAACGACAUGAUCGACGCGACCUAGGCCAGAAUCACUCGAGCAAUGUAGUAGUACUUGUUUUCCAAUUUUUUAAUUUUCAACUAUUUUAAAUUUUUCAUCUCGAGCAAUGUAGUAGUAUUUUCAUCUUUAAUUUAACUUUUAAGCAUGUUAAAUUUCCUCCCUUUUAUUAAUGAAGUAUUUCGUACUAC